GCGGGCGCCGGCGGCUCUCGGACCCGCGUAAUUUUUCUUCGGGUGGCUUUGAGUGGCUCCCGGGGAGGGAGGCGGCAACACCGGCCUCGCCACCGGGCUCUGAGCCGCGGCCGAGAAAUGAUACACGAACUGCUCCUGGCGUUGAGCGGCUACCCGGGCAGCGUCUUCACCUGGAACAAACGCAGCGGCCUUCAGGUAUCACAGGACCUGCCAUUCCUUCAUCCCAGCGAGACCAGUGUUUUAAACCGCCUGUGCAAACUAGGGACUGACUACAUUCGUUUCACAGAAUUUAUUGAGCAGUAUACUGUGAAUGUACACCAACAGGAGCACCACCCCUCCCAGGCGGGCCAGUCUGGAUUACAUGGCAUUUACCUUCGUGCUUUCUGCACCGGGUUAGACUCCAUGUUGCAGCCCUACAGACAGGCACUUCUUGACCUUGAGCAGGAGUUCUUGGCAGAUCCACACCUCUCGGUCUCCCAUGUCAAUUAUUCCUUGGAUCAGUUUCAGCUGCUGUUCCCGUCUGUUAUGGUGGUGGUUGAACAAAUUAAGUCACAAAAGAUACAUGGCUGCCAACUCCUGGAAACUGUUCACAAAUACAGUUGUGGUGGCCUGCCCCCAGUCCGCAGUGCACUAGAGAAAAUCUUGGCAGUGUGUCAUAGCGUUUUCUACAAGCAACUGUCGGCCUGGAUGUUACAUGGACUGUUACUGGAUCGGUACGAGGAGUUCUUUAUCAAACAAGGACCUUCGUCCGGGAACGUGUGCGUGCAGCCAGAGGAUGAAGAGGAAGAAGAUCUUGGAAUUCGAGGCUUAACUGGGAAGCAGUUACGAGAGCUUCAAGACCUGCGUUUAAUUGAAGAGGAGAACAUGCUGGCCACAUCCCUGAAGCAGUUCUCACUGCGUGCGGAGAUGCUACCUUCAUACCUGCCUGUGAGAGUCGCAGAGAAAAUCUUGUUUGUUGGAGAGUCUGUGCAGAUGUUUGAGAAUCAGAAUGUAAAUCAUCCUCGUACAGGAUCAAUUCUGAAAAACCAAGAGGAUAUAUAUGCCGCAGAACUUCACUUGCUCAAACAGCAGCCCCUGUUCAGUCUGGUGGAUUUUGAAAAUCUGAUAGAUCGCAUCCGAAGCACAGUUGCUGAGCAUCUGUGGAAGCUGAUGGUGAAUGAGGCAGACCUGCUGGGACAGCUCAAGAUAAUCAAAGAUUUUUAUUUGCUUGGUCGAGGGGAGCUCUUUCAGGCUUUCUUAGACAGUGCCCAGCAUUUACUGAAGACACCACCAACAGCAGUCACCGAACAUGAUGUCAACGUAGCAUUUCAAAAGUCUGCUCACAAAGUCCUUCUGGAUGAUGACAAUCUUCUUCCACUCCUGCACCUUACCAUCGAUUAUCAUGGCAAGGACCACAAAGAUUCCUCACAAAGCCGAGAUACAGGCCCGCGUGACCCUUCACCUCGCGAGGUCCCCAGUUCAGGCUGGUCAGCUCUGGGACUAUCUUACAAAGUACAGUGGCCUUUGCACAUCCUAUUUACUCCUGCAGUACUGGAGAAAUAUAACAUUGUGUUUAAGUACCUAUUGAGUGUUCGGCGUGUUCAGGCUGAGCUUCAGCACUGCUGGGCUCUGCAGAUGCAGCGGAAACACCUCAAAUCCAACAAGACCGUUGCUAUCAAAUGGAGAUUGAGGAACCACAUGGCAUUUCUUGUGGAUAACCUACAGUAUUAUUUACAAGUGGAUGUCCUAGAAUCUCAGUUCUCACAGCUUCUCCAGCAGAUCAAUUCCACUCGGGAUUUUGAAAGUAUCCGACUGGCACAUGACCACUUCCUGAGUAACCUCCUGGCUCAGUCGUUUAUUCUGCUCAAACCAGUGUUUCAUUGUCUGAAUGAGAUCCUUGAAUUAUGCCAUAACUUCUGUUCCCUAGUAAGUGAGAACCUGGGACCACUAGAUGAUCGAGGUGCCUCACAGUUGCACCUUCUUGUGAAGGGCUUCAGCCGUCAAUCAUCGCUCCUAUUUAAGAUCCUGUCCAGUGUUCGAAAUCACCAGAUUAACUCUGACCUGGCCCAGCUUCUACUGAGACUAGACUAUAACAAAUACUACACACAGGCUGGAGGCACUCUGGGCAGCUUCAGCAUUUGAAUGGCAUGAGAUGGUCACACAUACUCCAGCUGGAGCUGGUAUGCAGCUGUCUGCUCCAGAUAGUACUUUGUGGUGUUACAUGGAUCUUCCAGGCAUCCCCAAUGGCACAAACUCAACCAGCUGUGCUGAAGAUUAAUAGCGGGGACUCCACAGAUUUUGUCCUUCAGUGUUUGUCAGCCCUGACUUUGGUCUCUAUGUUAUAAAGAACAUGAACUGAAUCAGGUACAUUGAAGUCUUGAAUGUCACUGUUUAUCUGCAUGUUAUCAGAUAUACAAAAUCAUACUUUGUGUGUGUUUAUAGUUUAGAUCAGUCUUUAAUCUUGAGCCUUACCAACACUCAUUGUUUAAAAAAAUCACAGGAUCAAUUGGGAGAUGGGGUGGUGGGGGUGCUUUAAAUCUCUCAUGACAGCAGUGGAUGGAGUUUUGCCCGUUUUGAACAGUUUAAUUUUUUAAAUUGUGUUGUACAAUAUGAGAAUAUUGUGGAUAGCAAAACCAGAAGGUUCCAGGUUUGGAUCCUACAACUUAUUGAGAUUAAUGAGGACACGACCAUGUAAGUGGGAUUGAAUUGGUUCCAAAUAGCAUACUCAACUGCAGUAAUUCAAGGCAAUAGGAGUGGAUGACCAGCCUGCUUGGCCCUGCAUUGAGACUUCAACACGUUAAGAGACACAGCCCAAAGAACACAAGUCAAAGCCCUAUCAGGUGGAUAGCCUCCCACACAAUAACCCUGCAGACACUUUGAUUGCAAUUAUUAGUCUCUGCAACACUUGCUUACUGGGCUCCCAGAUUUAGUGUAGUUUUCCCAGUUGUUUUAACAGUCACCAAAGGGAUUGUGCAGGUGUUUUAAGUAUUUCUAAUAGAUUUAAGUAUUUCUUACAUCACUACACCUGCUGCUCACCAGUAACAACAACUUGGAUUUACCAGUACAUCCCAACAGAUAAACUGCACAGAUGUCAUUACAACUACUAUUGUGAAUGAACUACCCAAAGUAAAGCAAAAAAGAGAAAGAAUAAAAAGGUUGACAUUU